AUGAACAUUCAAUCAAUCAUAUGUACUUUCUGGCUGCUGCCGAUACUGGGGCUUGUGCAAGCAUUUCAACAGAAUCCUAAGGAUGAUUUUCCAUUUAGCACAGUAAUAGACAUCCUCUCAGAAAAUGUUGAAUUCUCAACUUUUUUAAGAGUCAUCCAGAAGACUGGCCACGUACAAUACUUGAAUGAACUACAAAACUUUACCCUUUUUGCUCCGGUUAAUUCAGCGUUUGCUAAAGACGACCGAAUAACGCAGCAGUUUGAAGAACAUUUCCAUAUUGAAAAUUUCCUUAUGCAUAAUAGGGUGUUGGAGGUGAAAGAGCUUAAAAAUGGUACCUACCUAGAAAAAAGAGCUGCAAAAGCACCUCUACUGCUGAAAAAAUAUGAACGUCAUUGUUUUGUCAAUGAUAUUGCCAUUGUUGAUCCCGAUCUACAACCUAGUUUUCAAAAUGCUUCAGUACAAGGUAUUAAUAACAUUUUACUUAUCCCACCUAAAAUAAAUGAGUUGCUAGUACAACUAAACAAAGAAACUCAGGAUUUAAAUGUGUUCAAUGAUUUUCUGACCAGUUUUUCAAACUAUAAUGCAUAUACGAAUUUAUCUACUAUUUUGAUUCCUUUAGAUGUAAAUUUUCGAGAAUCCUUCAAUACAAUUGAAAUAAACUAUUUAACUGACAAAUACAAAAAAAUGGGAAAAUCAAAUGCGAUUUCUCAAGACAAAUGGAUCGCCGAUAGAACAUCCCUUAUUCAGGAACUUGUUAUUGAUGAGGUACAUGGUGGUAUUUUACCCAAUGAGCUAAUUUUGAAAAAUAAAAAUAAUAGGCAUCUCUUGAUCAAGAGCAAUACUGAAGGAACGGCACUAAGUGUUAAUGAAUCAGAUUUCUCAUGUAUAUCCAACAAAAUUUUUGAAAUAGGCAUUGCUCAUGGCUUUUCUGACUUGGACUUUUUACGGACGCAUAUUCAUUUUGAUGCUGAAAAGUAUCUACACGGUUUGAACUGCUCAGAAUUCGUUAAGGAGUUGUAUUUCAGAGACCUUGAAAAGUUUAUUCAAAACGAUAAGAAAACAACGAUAUUUGUUCCUCAAGCUUCUUUUAAUGAGGAUCGUGGCUACACAAAACCAUCACUUCUGUAUCAUUUUGUUGAAGAUAGAAUCGAUCUUGAAGAAGAAUUUUCCUUAUUGCGUCAAAACCAAUACGUCACUACUCAAAUUUAUGAUUCCGCAUUUUGCUCUUCAGCUAAAAGGCUUGGUGGACAUUGCCAAAAAUUCAAAAUCACAAGGUCUAACAAAGGUUAUUACAUAAAUGGUCGUUUCAAGAUUCUAAAUACUAAACCUUAUGAGAUUGGUAAUACGUACAUCUAUUCCAUCGACGACGAUCUUCAAUUACCAGGAGAUUUAGUGUUGUCAUUACCACCACAAGACCACUGUUCUAUUUCACUGAUGCUUUUGAAGGAUCUUGAUCUUUUAGAUCUACCAUCAAACCAUAAAGGAUACACGAUACUCCUUCCGUGUAUGAAUUCCUGGAGCAAUAAUGACCUAACUAUAGACUACUUGAGGUCAAACGAAACCGCAUUAAACUUUCUCAUGAAAAACCUAAUUUUCGAGGACCUUAUUUAUUCAAACAACUAUAGUAUCUCAACUACAGUCAAGAAUUUAUACGGAAACUCAGUAUCUAUCGAAAUAGAAGAAGUCAUGGGAAGCCAGAACCUAACGAAAAUUUCAGUGAGUAAUAUAAAUGAAAGUAUUUUUGUUGAAGAAAAUUCUGAUGUAUUUUUUAAUCAGGGAGUUGUUCAUCCUAUAAAUCAAUUAAAUCUUCCAGUUGGUUUGGAAAUAUCUCUGAAGGAACUUAUAGAAACUACUGGAACGAAAGAAAUCUUUGAGUUUUUUAACUUAUUUCAUGACCUCUCUUCAAUAAUUCGGAAUAAGGAAGAAUACUCGAUUUUAGUCCCAACGGCUUCUUCUAUCCCUUUGAGUGGUAUUACGGUAAACUCAACAGAUUUGAGAAUAUUUCUCGAACUCCAUUUAAUUCCAGCUAAUCAAACGCAAAAUCUGCUGGAUUGCAAUGGCGUCAUUAAUACCAAAUCGGGAAAACAACUAGCCUGUAGGAAAGAUUAUCUAAACAACGUUUUUAUUAGCAUAGAGGACGACGACUGGGGCAAAGAAGUAAGAAUUCUUAAAAGGGGAUGUACUUCUAGCUCAAAUAGAUCAUGCGUGUUCCUAAUCGACAAGCCCAUAUCUUUAUCAUGGUUAGACAGUGAAAAAUACCAUUUGCAUCUGCCAGGAAUAGCGGUUGGAUUUGGAAUGAUAAUUGGUGUUACCUUAGCCAUCUCAUUGUUGUUUUGUAUAAUUAUCACAAGAGGCGGAAAAGUAAAACACAAUAGUGACGAAAGGAGAGUCGAACAAGCAACCACACCGCUAAUUCAAUCUUCCCCUAUAAUUCGUAAUCCUUCUUACUCUGCAACCGCGCAUGUAUCACCGCUUUCUCAGCCUAGUUUUGAGGGAUCGUAUUCUGGUAACGCUACACAGAGGCCUAGGGACAUACGAAAAUUAGGAUCAGAGCAAAGUGGCAAUCGAAGCGUCAGUCAUUCCUAA